CAGGCAGAGGGAGAGAGCGCGUGUGUUUUACUCAGAGUAAGUGGAGUAAGAGAAAGAGAGAAAGAGAGAGCUCUUUUAUACUGGCUAUUUUUGGGCGCUCGACCUCCAUCCUGAACGCCGUUUCCUCCGCUCGCACAAUUGGUCCAGCAGCGGGGUUUAUAAGGGAGGAGGGUUUUACCUGCCACACACUCGCUGCACGCCAAGGACACUGGAGCAGCGCAGCUUUAUGGGACAGAAGAGCAACUCUGGAUCAGACGUGUAUUAAUAUUGUCGGGUUAUUUGUUGUUGUUUUUUACGAGGAGAGCGUUGUAUUUUACGCUCACUUAAAAAAGACUUUUUAAAAAAAUAUAUAAAUAUAUAUAACUUUGACAUUUGGGGAAAAUGGCUUUACCUGGGACCAUUUUGCCAUCCAUUUCUACAUUCGCCGGACAGAAGGAGAAACUUUGGGAAAAUAGGUGGAUUGGAGAAUUGGAGAAGCCGCUGGCGUGCGCGGUACCGAGUGUGGAUGUGUGCCGUGCCAGAAAGGACGACGAGGAUCUGAGCGAUUUCUUGGAUCUGGAGUUUAUUCUGGCCAACACGACCGGUCCGGAGAGUGUGAUGGGACCGGCGGACUAUAAUUCAGCAGUGGAGCACUGCAGCAUGUUCCAGACUGGGAGCGCGUACGUGCCUCCUCCACCACCGUACUCCCACAGCUUUGUGGCGGAACUGUUGCACUCCGACGCGGAUAACACGUACUGCAUGAGCAUGAGCACAAGCACCACCACAAGCACCACCAGCAGCAACAGCAACAGCAUCGGGAUUCAGGGCCGGUUCGUGGUGAACUCCGCGCCUUUCCCGAGGCAGGACUUCGUCGAGGGAAUCAAAGUUGAGCCGUGCUCGGACGGCUACGGUCCCGUGAUGGGCAUGGUGCCACAGAGCUGCCACCGGAUCAAACAGGAGGGCAACGUAUCGUGCGCGAUGCCCUUUGACCAGCCGAGGCUCGCCGUCUCUCCGCAAGCAGCAGGGAACAUGACGCCGCCGCUCAGCCCGGACGACCAGGCGCGUUGUCACACGCAGAUCUGCCGCACCACUUUCCCGCAGAACGGCUACUACCCGAGCCACGCGCCUCUACCGCAGCAGCAGCAGCAACACCAGCAUCAACAGGUGCCUCUGGCUUACGCGGGAGCGCGCGCAUACGCGGGCAUGUUCGAUGACGGUCUCGGGAUGGUGCAGCCCGGUGCGCCGCGCGCGCUCCUCACUCCUCCGUCCUCGCCGCUCGAGCUGCUCGAGACCAAACCGAAGCGCGGGCGACGCACCUGGCCGAGGAAGCGCGCGGCCACGCACACAUGCACGUUCGCCGGUUGCGGCAAGACGUACACCAAGAGCUCGCACCUCAAGGCUCAUCACCGAACUCACACCGGUGAGAAGCCGUACCACUGCAACUGGGAAGGCUGCGGCUGGAAGUUUGCCCGCUCCGACGAGCUCACACGUCACUUCCGCAAGCACACCGGCCACCGACCCUUCCAGUGCCACCUGUGCGAGCGCGCCUUCUCCCGCUCCGACCAUCUGGCACUGCACAUGAAGAGGCACAUGUGAGGGACACAGAAAACAGCCGCCAAAAACGAAAGCCAAAGCCUUAUUACUGCCUUAUUUAAGUCCUUUGUACAAGACCAAAAGACUGUUGCUGUUGUUGUUGAUGUUUUCUUGGCUCGAUAAAGAUUUCUAUUGUUCUUUAUACUUUUGUAACAGUGUAGCUGGUACUACGUGGGAUUUCUAGAGCAGACAGUAAAAUGCUGCAUGUGUUUUGGGGACACAGCAUCAUGCAGGGCUGGUCCUAUAAAAAAAAAUAUAUAAAUCUCUAUAUCUAGCUACGUUGAAACUGGAAACAGUGUGUAAGUUUGACAAGGUGCCUUUCUAGUCAUGAAUCUAACAUGCAUGCUGUGCUGCCAGGAUUGUGCGAAACGUCCUGAAGUCAUGCGUGACGACAACGUUUUCCUCUUGAAACUGCCUCCAAAUUGUUCUAAGGACCAGAAUUGUGUAUUCCCUCAUGUUUGAUACGUUCUCAGCCAUUUGGUUUUCAUGGACGCAAGAUAUUUUCUAGAUAUUGUAUCAUGAAGGUACAAUAAUAAUCUGUUUAAGCCCCAUUGUACACUAGCACAUUCGCCAGGGCUAGAUGCUCUGUUUUUCUUUUUUUUCUUUUUUUUUUUAUUAUUAAAAGAAUGUGUACAUAAGUUUUAUAUUGUAAGUAUUGUAUUUAUUGUAUAUAUUAAACUAAAUUGGAAUAUAA